AUGACUUCCGACAUGUCAACGACGAAUCUCGAUAACCUCGCCCGUCUCGUCGCAAGCAGAACCGACAGCCUGCUGGGCCGCCUCGUCCGCGUCCUCUCCACACCUGCAGGAAGAGACAAGACGCUCUGCACACUCCAAUACCUCCUUGUCGUCAUCUAUACCCAGCUCUCGCGUCUCCAAGGUCUGAGGUAUCGACGCUUCCUCCUCUCCGUAAGCCGCAAACUCGGUGCCGUCCUACUGCCUGGAGAAACUGUCGUCGCAACGCUAUCACCGCCUGAAGACAAACUCAGCCAUGUCAUCAAAGGCAGCAAGGCGCUAUCCGAGUUGAUCAGCGACUUCAGAUGCUUUUCUCGUGUCGUCGAGUCACUGGAUCUGUACACCUGGGCCAAGGGCACCUGGAACAGUCCUCCCGAGGACUCUGUCGUCAAAGCUGCCGUGUGGGGUCAGAUCUGGACCAUCACCGCAUACCAGUGGUACGAGAAUGUGGCUUAUCUAGCGUCCAAGGGUGUACUCCGUGGUGAGAGGUUCGACACAAAACAGCAGAACAAGUGGUGGGUGUGGAGCUCGCGUUACUGGAUGGCCUACAUUGCAUUGGAAGCCGUGCGACUCGCUCGUGUGUGGCAGCUCCGUCCAACUAUCGCGUCGGCAGGAGAUAGCGCGGAGAAAAAGGCGGACACGCUGGAAGCUGAGGCUUUGUGGAAGAGACAGAUGACUGUCAACAUGGCUUGGGCACCCGUCUCCUACCACUAUAGCUUGGAGUCGGGCUUCCGCAAUCUAUGGCGCCAAGCUGGUGCAGUGUAG